AGGAUGGGGAGUCAAAACUUUGACUCUUGUCAUGUUCUUGACCAUGGGCCUCCAGGGUCCUUCCCUUUCAUCCUUCCCUUCCUACCCCACCUCCCAACUGUGCUUCAAUGCCUUUUCUAUCAUGCCAUUGAACUUCUGGGAAAAGCAAGGCAGCACUGGAACUGGUGCACAUGGACCUGGUAGGACCUUUUCCAGUUCAAGGAAGAAAGGGGGAAAGAUACUUCCUAACAAUAGUUGAUGACUGGAAUGACGAGGAGCCUGCAUACUGCUUUUACGCACCAAUACAACCUCCGAGCAUGGAUCAUGCGCUGGCCGGGCCUCAACGGGGGAAGUGGCUCGUUUCAAGAGAUGCAGAGUACAACAGCCAGAUGGAGAAUCACACAUGGGACCUUGUGUACUUGCCAAAUGGGAAGAAGGCAAUACAGUGCAAGUGGCUGGCAAAAAUCAAGACGGAUGAGAAAGGAGAGCCAUCAGUUUACAAGAGCAGGCUGGUGGCAAAGGGGUUUCAGCAGAAAGAGAAGGAAGAUUACAAAGAAGUGUUUGCCCCAACUGCUAAUUCUCCAACGCUACGUGUGCUGCUGGCGGUAGCUGCUGUGCGCAAAUGGAAGGUGAAGCAGAUGGACAUUGUAACCGCUUUUCUGUACGGCAUUGUGGAAGAGGAGCUGAAGGAGAAGGAGUUGAGAGUGAAGACCAGAGGCAAUUCCAAUCCAUGGUCGGGAGCCUACUCUACGCUGCUGUGCAUACUCGGCCUGACAUCAGCUUUGCUGUGGGACAGCUGGCUCGAGUAGUGCAAAAUCCAACAGAAGAGCAGUAUGGUGCAGCGGAGAGAGUGGUGUGCUACCUCAACUCAUACCCUACAGUGGGA